AAGUUGGCAACUGUUUGUCGACGCCGAGAGUUAAAAAAAAACACGUCAGACGUCAAGCCAGGUUCAAAAAAUGUCAAAAAUUGUUUGUAAUAUACUGAAAUAGUUGUGGUGCGCAAAUAAAGACAUAUGGAUCGUUCGGGAAUUUGUGAAAUGAGAAUUAAACGGUUCGCGUAUUUACUUGUUGCUAUUGGUUUAAUCGUGACAAUUUGGAAGCUUUCCAUAAUCGAGUCAACUGUUGACAAUUUAAAAACCUUCAAAGCUCUAAGCGUUUACAAGAACGAACUCGAGUUAACUCAGAGGCAGUUGAUGGUAUUUCAACAAAUAUACAGAAAGACGAACUAUUUCAAAAAUUUUCCAAUCAUCUAUGCCGUGACCCCCACGUAUUGGAGGCUAGUGCAAAAAGCGGAACUUACGAGAAUAUCACAAACCUUGCAGUUAGUGCCAAAUGUGCACUGGGUUGUGGUUGAAGAUUCUGAUACCAAAACUGAUCUAGUGAGGGCCCUUUUAGCUGAUUCAGGGUUGAAUUUUACACAUUUGAAUGCCAAAACGCCGCCUUUUGAGCAGUUGAAGGAUAAAGACCCAAGAUGGACACGUCACCGAGGCGUGGAACAAAGAAACGCCGCUUUGAAUUGGCUGCGGCAAAAUUUGAAAAUUGGGAAAGAUAAAGGAGUUGUUUAUUUUAUGGACGACGAUAACACGUAUAAUGUGAAAGUUUUCCAAGAGAUGAAUAAAAUAAAACGAGUUGGUGUGUGGCCCGUGGGCCUUGUUGGAGGCUUGAACGCAGAGACACCAAUCCUGGAUAAAGACACUGGAAGAGUCAUAGGGUAUAAAAGUGGUUGGAGGCCUGACAGGCCCUUUGCUAUAGAUAUGGCAGGUUUUGCCAUAAAUUUAGACCUAAUUUUGUCUAAAACAGACGCUGUGUUUUCGUAUAAAGUGGAGAAAGGUUACCAAGAAAGCGAGUUUCUCACUUAUUUUACAACCAAAGAAGAGUUGGAACCUUUAGCUGAUAAUUGUACAAAAGUUUACGUGUGGCAUACAAGGACAGAGAAGCCGAAUGUAAAGGGAGUAGUGCCAGGUUUAGAAGUCUAAACAUCUUUUAUUUAUACAUUUUAAACGUUUCUUUUAUUUUUUUAAGCGCAUAUGAUAUAACAAACAAGACAAAUCUGUGAUAGACAAUUGUACUUCCUGUCAGUUUUUACAGCUUGAAGUAAUGAAAACAAUAAAGAUAAAAAAAUAAA